GCUCUGCAGUCUGCGGCUGAAGAAACUCACGGUGCUGAAAGAGCUGGACAAAGAGCUGAGUUCUGUGCUUAUCGCUGUGAAGAUCCAGGGUUCAAAGCGAGUCCUGAGAUCAAAUGAAUACGUCCUCCCACCUGGUGGCCUGAUGGAGACGGAGCUGGAGCUGACCUUCUCACUGCAGUACCCACACUUCCUCAAGAGAGAUGGCAACAAGCUACAGAUCAUGCUGCAGCGGAGGAAGAGAUACAAGAACCGCACGAUCCUGGGCUACAAGACCCUUGCCGUGGGCAUCAUCAACAUGGCGGAGGUGAUGCAGCACCCAACGGAUGGCGUGCAGCUUCUGGGCCUCCACAGCAACAUGAAGGACAUGAAUAUCCGAGUGGCUGAAAUCAGCAUCUACUCUUUGUCCAGUCAGCCCAUUGAUCAUGAAGACGGGAGCAUCCCCUCAGGUCCUAAAAUCAAAGCUUCAGAUCGCUCCCCGGACAUUGAUAACUAUUCUGAGGAAGAGGAUGACAGCUUCUCCUCGGAGCAGGAAGCCAGUGAUGAUGCUGUGCAGGGUCAGGAUCUGUUUGAUGAAGAGGACGACUUGAGGAAAACUAAGAAGGCUAGGAGGAAAAUGAUCCGAACCACAUCAAUGACCAGACAACCAAACUUCAAGCAGAAAUUUGUGGCUUUGCUGAAGAGGUUUAAAGUGACAGAGGAGGUCCUGGACUCUGACCCUGUAGACCAGACCCAGGAGGUGGAGGAAGACCUGGGCUUACUCUAUGACAGCCUGGAAGAGUGCAACAACAGUGACAGUGGCCCGGAGAUUGAGGACAAUGAGAGUGUGCACAGCACACCCAAGCCCACACUGAGGCGUUUCUUUGAGGGAGUCUCUCAUUCUGGUUCCCAGACUGAGAUCGGCAGUCUGCACAGCCAGAAAGGGCAGGAUCAAGAGUCGAGCAGCCCUGGCGAGGCAGACAAGUGGAAGCCAGGAGCGCUGCAGCGGCAGGAAGAGCCAGGAGUGGAGUUCCCUGCAGUGGAGCUGGCUGCAGAGCAGCCGUGUUCACGGCUGGCCCGCACUGCCACGAGGGAGGGCAGCGUGGACAGGCUGGCCCAGCUGGGACCUGGGACCAAAGCCGAGCUCCCCAGCGCUGUGUCCCCCAGCAAGGCGGAGAGCAAGCAGCUGUGGCGUCCCCGCAGCACCUCUGUGAAGGACCGGCAGAGCUCCAAGGGGCAGGGCGGCCGUGCCAGCAGCCUGGACAGCGAGAGCUCUCCGGACUCGUGGCACAGCACCCAGGUGCCCCGAAAGUCUGUUUACGAUCAGCUGAACCAGAUCCUGGUCUCAGACGAGCAGCUCCCCGAGAGCAUCGUGCUGGUGAACGUCGCCGAGUGGCAGGGGCAGUACGUGAGUGAGCAGCUCCUGGCACACAAGCAGUUGGUCGUAUCCACGUGCUCCGUGGCAGACAUCCAGGCAGCCUUUAACACCACUGUCUCCCGCAUCCAGCGAUACUGUAACUGUAACUCCCACAUGCCUCCCCCAGUGAAGGUGGUGGUGGCGGGGGACCAGAGCUACCUGAGCGUAGUUCUCCGUUUCUUUGUGGAGCAGCUGGCCAGCAAGACACCCGACUGGCUCAACUACCUUCGCUUCCUGCUUGUCCCGCUGGGGUCUCACCCUCUGGCCAAGUACCUGGCCUCGGUGGACAACAAGUACAGCACUCUCUUCCUGGACACGGCGUGGCGGGAG